AGAAUCAGUGACUCUAUGACUUCCUGGUUCUCAAGUGGGUUGAAUUUGACUGUAGUUUCUUGUCCUUCUCAAGACUUGGCCAAGACAAACAAAGUGUUCCUAUCUCCAAAGGAUUUUGAAUGGUUGUACAAACAGUAUCCACAAAGCUUCGAAUCGGUACAAGUGCAAAAAACGCAAUAUCCAGAAACAGUGGACUCUUUGGAAGAUGGAGUUAAAAGCAGUCUAGUGAGUUGUUGCUUAGUUGACUUGAAUGGAGCCUACUGUUAUUUAGCUAGUGAAGAACCCAUGGUUUCAACAGGUUCCAUUGGCCUCAACUCUAUCCAGCGAAGAGAAAACCAACUUGCUCUGGGAGAUAGCGUAAAAGUCAAUCCAAGAAAGACUCUUGAGUUUGCACACAUUGUGUCUGCCUCCAUCGAGGUGGACUUGGUGAGCAAAACAAAAGUGAGCUAUUUGGAACAAGUAAACGCGGAAGAUUUAAGCGCACAAAUGUUGAAACGCUUUACGGGAGUAAUUCUUUCAAGAGGCCAAAGCGUGAUACUUGAUUUCUUCGGAGUUUCUUUGCUGUUGAAGGUGAACAAUAUGCAAGUGUUGGAACCUCAAAAGUUGCGUCAUGUGUCCAAGGAAAUUUCACAAGACGCUCUCAUACCGGAAGAGUCUUCAGUUGGUCUGGUAACAGCGGAUACUACUUUGUUCUUCUCCAAAGCUGCUGGUAGUAGUCUCAGAGUCAUAGGCGGAGACAAGAGACCGAAAGAUAUAUUCAAACCUGAUUUCAAUUUCGAAAAGAUGGGUAUAGGAGGAUUGGAUAAAGAGUUUUCGGAUAUUUUCCGACGUGCAUUUGCUUCUCGUGUCUUUCCUCCAUCCGUUAUUAAGAAGUUGGGUAUUCAGCAUGUGAAAGGAAUGUUGCUAUAUGGUCCUCCUGGAACGGGAAAGACUUUGAUUGCCCGGCAAAUUGGCAAAAUGUUGAAUGGAAAGGAACCCAAAGUAGUAAAUGGUCCAGAAAUAUUGAACAAAUAUGUGGGACAGUCGGAAGAAAACAUUCGAAAUCUUUUCAAGGAAGCUGAAGCUGAAUAUCGUGAAAGAUUGGAUGACUCAGAACUGCAUAUUAUUAUAUUUGACGAAAUAGAUGCCAUAUGUAAGCAUCGUGGGAAUGUACGGGAUGGAACAGGAGUUCAUGAUACAGUAGUCAAUCAGUUGCUAUCUAAAAUAGAUGGAGUGAAUGCACUAAACAAUAUACUCGUUAUUGGAAUGACUAAUCGAAAAGAUAUGAUUGAUGAGGCGUUAUUAAGACCUGGAAGGUUAGAAGUUCAUGUUGAAAUAUCAUUACCAGAUGAAAGAGGUCGUUUACAGAUUUUGCAUAUUCACACCAAUGAAAUGCGAAAGAAUGGAAAACUUGCUGCUGAUGUUUCUUUGGAAGAAUUGGCUUCUCGAACCAAGAAUUUUUCGGGUGCAGAAAUUGAAGGCUUAUGUAAAUCAGCAGCUGCUUAUGCUCUUAAUAGACAUAUCGAUUUGAAUAAUUUGCGUAAACAAGUCAAUCCGGAUGAUAUCGUCGUGACUAUGGAAGACUUUGAGAAUGCUUUGUUAGAGAUUGAACCCGCGUUUGGCAUGCCAAAGGAACAUUUUGAACGUUGUUUGUUUGGUGGUUUUUAUAUCUUCAGUGAAAGAAUGGAACACUUGGUUAAAGCAGGAAAUUUGUUUUGUGAACAAGUUCGUACUUCCGAAAGGACUACUCUGUUUUCAGUAUUGAUACAAGGACAACCAGGAACAGGAAAGACGGCGUUUGCAUCCAAGGUAGCUGUAGAAAGUGAUUUCCCCUUUGUUCGUAUGAUCAGUCCAGAAGAAUACGUCGGAUUCUCGGAAGCUUCAAAGUGCAAUGCUAUAGCAAAAGUAUUUGAUGAUGCUCACAAAUCACCAUUGUCAUGUAUCGUAAUAGACAAUAUAGAACGUUUGAUCGAAUUUGCUCCCAUAGGUCCGAGGUUCUCCAACACUAUUUUGCAAACAUUGUUGGUAUUGAUAAAGCAAGUUCCACCCAAAGGAAGGCGACUACUGAUUUUGGCAACUUGUUCCAUGCCAGAAAUUAUGGAAUCGCUGGAUGUUCGCUCAGCUUUCCAUUCUGUAUUAUCUACGAGUUAUUUGCAACGUGAGGAGAUCAUACAGUUGUUGAAAGGUCACAUUGAGGAUGCCACUCCAGCCAAGCUGUAUGCAUCAGAACCACAAAGACAAAUGGUACGACAUCGCUAUUUGUAUCGUCCAAUGAACUGGAGUCAGCAGCUGAUGUUUUAACAUCCCAAGGAAUUGGCAUUAAGAAAUUUCUUAUGGUGAUG